AUGGGCACAGCCGCGUCAAGGCCUCUAAGCGCCGAAGAAUUGGCCCAAUUACAAAAGGAGACGGGCUUCUCGUUUCAUCGCAUUGACUCGCUAUAUGACGAAUAUCAUUCGCUGGCACGGGAUAGCAAGGAUCGUGUAUUGCGCAGCGAAUUCCUGCAAAUGCCCGCUGUGGCGGCUCAUCCAUUAUCGGAACGUUUGGUUGACUCGUUUCUGCAUCCAUCGCUUGGCUUUAGGCAUUUCAUAAGGGGCCUGGCCCAUUUUCGUGGCAAUGAGACACUGGAACGUAAAUUGGCCAAUAUGCUUAGCAUGUUCGAUGAGGAUGGCGAUGGUCAGCUGAGUGUGGAGCAGUGUCAUAAUCUUCUUGCCUGCCUGCCAGCGAACAGACAUCCCCUAAUUUCACAAAAUCUGGACGUGAUGAACAAAAACUGA